AUGUCUGGGAUCGACUUUAUCAACCUGGGAAAUACACUGGGUGCUCUGUUGGUCGGCUUCUUGUUCGCUCUUAUGCUCUAUGGCUGCAGCGUUGCUCAGGUUUUAUAUUACGUAUGGAAGUAUCCCGAGGACAGGUGGAUGCUGAAACUGCUGGUCGCCAUGUUGUGGCUGGAACAGCUGCUCACCGCUCGAAAGAUUGUAUGGCAUUAUCUCGUGGCAGGUCAUGAAGGGUCGCUCGAACUCGCAAAAUUAUACAGUACAGCCGUUGUUACAACUCAGGCCGAGUAUGCACUAGCGCUAUUAUAUCUACAUCAUUUGGAGACUCUUGUCCGAGGUGUCCAAGGAUACAUCUACGAUUCCGAUCACCGCGUUUCUAGUGCGUUGACUUUCGCGGGUCCUGAUUCGAGACACGUACUGUUAUUGAUCAACUCAGAGUGCGCUCUCCCUGCUGUCAUUCGAUUGCAUGGCGAUGCUCACUGGCCAGUGACAGUGACUGGCUUCGUGAACGUGAAUGAAGCGUUGCACAACUUCAGUUUUCCCAACAUCUUCUCAGCAGCAAAGUCCACCGCGACGCUGCAGGUUUCCUCUGCCUCUCUGACGGAUAUUUGCAUCACGAUCGCUUCGACGCAUGCUCUGAGCAGACACAACACAGGUUUUAUGGGAACACGGGACCUCAUCCAUAAUCUCCAAGUGCUCGUAAUAAACCGUGGGGUUUUAACGACGCUCAUCCAGACUAUCCAAAUGAUCAUCUACAUCUCUCUACCGAAGAACGUCCUGUACUGGGUCCUCCUGCAACUUCCCGGCAGCAAAAUCUAUGUCAACUCGCUUCUUGCAGUCUUGAACGCUCGCCACCAUCUCAGGCGCAAUGGCGUGACCUAUAUCUCGAAUGCAUUCAAGGACAGCGCGGUCGAGAUCGACCGCAUCGAACUACAGGCCAUUCCCGUUGUUCGGCCACGCUCUUUUGAGUAAGUGGGACAUUGUAAAUUCGUUGAG